GGCCCGUUAUACACUGUGGCCAUUAUGAUAGGGUGCAAUAUCACUAAUAGUCACAUGAUACCGAAAUGGAGGAGGUUGACAACAUUAUUCUGCAUUCAUUGCGGUCAAUUGGAUGUGAUAUUGAUGAGGAAGUUCAAAGUCUUAAACAGUUUUCCACUGAAGUGAUUGUUGCCUGCACAGUAAAGUGCCUACGGACCAUAGUGAAAGAUGUCGACCUUCCAUCCAGUCUUCCACAGGGCAUGGCCGCCAAGUUCAGAGUUGGUACAGCACUUGCUUCAAAUCUACAGGCUCUCGGAUACAGAGGAGACAUUGGGUACCAGACCUUUCUGUACUCUAGUGAGGCGGACAUUCGUAAGAUAUUCAUGUUCCUUGUGGACAAGCUUCCAAAAGAAACCGUAGAAACAACAGAUGAAGUACUAGGAUCCAGUGUUUUGCUGCAGCGGAAUAUAGCGAGUGUUCUCUCAAGGCAGCUAGCAUCACCGUGGGUGUCUCCAUACAUCAAGAACCGAGGCAUCACUAUGAGAGGGCAACCUCAAACCUGGCAGAGAGAGGGUACCUGUUGCAUGUAUCACUUCCACGCCUCCCAUGUCAUUGUUCCAGAGGGAUCUACAGACCUCACUAAGCCAACACCAAAAGCAAUCAAAGUGUACCAUCAGUCGAGUCUUCCAUUCGUUACGAGUCAGUGCCUUCACCAUGGUGACACGGCGCCGUCCCUGAUGGAGGCCAACAUGGCCAACGUGACAGCGCAGCAAGAGUGGGAGGCGGAGUGGAACAGCGCCGGCCUGGCCUCCAGACUCUCUCAACAGGACUACAGAUCCAAGAAGGCGCAGAGAAUACGAAAGCGUAUUACAGACCAGCUACGCCAAGAUCGGCAACGUAGUGAGGCUUUGGGGGAUACAACUAACGACCUGCAGCAGCUUCUUGCCACCAUCGGGGGACGUGGAGCGGGAGCAGCAAAAACUAAAGGGUCACGUUUUACGCACACUGAGAAACUGUUGUUUGCCAAGGAUGAUGAGAAGGCUCUGUCUGAGGUACAGAGUCAGGUACCUGUUGGAAAAACAGAAGAGGAUAUCCAAAAAGAACGGGAGGAAGAACUGACCAAACUCAAGGAUGAACUGAACUCACUGACAUCGGACCUUGAAAAGCUCGAGCUUGAAGUUCGUAAGUUCACGGCUGGUUCCCAGCAAAUGGAGGAAGAGAUUGCCAAUCAGACGCGAGCAAAUUUGGAGAAGGAGGAGGGGUACAAAGUGAAAAAGCGAACACUCGAUUUGCUGCCUGAUGCGGAGAAUAACAUAGCCAAAUUGCAGGCGGUGGUGGAUUCGAGUGCCCAGCGGCUGCUCACAUUGGCCAGCCAGUGGGAGAAACACCGCACCCCGCUGAUAGACCAGUACCGAUCCCUGAAGGACACAGCAUCGAGAACUGAGUCUGAAGCCCAGAGGAAGUUGGAAGAAAUCAAAGAGUUCCGUAAGAAACUGAAACAAGUGCAAGAUGAGGCAAGAGGGAAGGAAGAACUCAGCAAACAACUGCGUUCUGAGUUUGAACGUAUGACCAAGGAAGUCAACCGCUCUGCAUAUACAAAACGCAUUAUGGAAAUAGUUGCCAAUAUUAAGAAACAAAAAAUGGAAAUAGACAAGGUGCUUAUUGACACAAGGACUGUGCAGAAAGAGAUCAACCAACUCUCAGGCAAGCUAGACAGACAAUUUACAGUCACCGAUGAACUAAUAUUCCGGGAUGCGAAAAAAGAUGAAGCAGUGAAGAAAGCCUACAGAUAUUUGGCAGCAUUACAUGAGAACUGUGAGCUUCUGAUACGCACUGUUGAAGAGACUGGGGGCAUCAUGCGGGAAAUCAGGGAGUUGGAGGACCAGAUAAUGACAGAAGAUGGCAAGAAGACUCAUGAAAAUCUGGACAAGAUCACGGCCGACUUGCAGCAAAUGAAGGGAGAAAACGAAAUACUGCUGAAGAAACGAAAAGCUAAAUCAUAAUGCAGUGAUCAUUUUUGUAGUGUUUAAGAAACAUAUGGGCUAGUGCAGUGUUAGUUGUAUGCAAUCGUUCAUCAAGAUGAAAUGUUUAUUACUGUAUUAAACUUUGUAUAAAAUAAUUGAUUACUAGACAUGUGGAAACUGCAUUGGUCCCUAAAAGUAUUACGAUGUCUUUAAAACUGGUAAUUAUAGGCCAGUUUUCUAGCAAUAAUUGUAUCAACUGCAAAUAUUUAAGCCACACUUUAGGAAACGGUGCUAAACGUAUGUGGGUAAAGCGUUGUCAUAAUUAGCCUGCGCAGUCCGCACAGGCAUAUCAGGGACAACACUUUCCACCAAGACUGGAUUUUUGUUUAGAAGAGACUUCCUUUAACCCUUUCAGCGCUGGAACCGAAUUUUAAAGGCCUUUGCAAACAGUUUGGAUCCAGAUGAGACGCCACAGAACGUGGCGUCUCAUCAGGAUCCAAACUGUUUGCUAUUCUGAUAGUAUUCUUUGAAAAAAAAACGAAGAAAAUGCUUAUUUUAGAAAUUCAGCAGACAACAUUUUAGCAGACAACAAAUUUCCCAGCAUGCAAAAGGUUAAAACAAAAAAUGCACAAGCUUAUCUGGGAUGGACGUUUUUACCCAAAUGCAUUAAGCCCCCCUUUCCCAAAGCAAGGUUCAUUUAAAAUAGUGUGCUAUAGUACUAUGUACUAGUAAUUUGUGUUAAAGGGGCCUUUUCACAGAUUUUGGCAUAUUUUGAAGUUUGUCAUUAAAUGCUUUAUAUUAAUAAAUGUAAACAUUGGAUCUUAAAAGCUCCAGUAAAAAAUCAAGAAUAAAAUUUAAAAAAGGGAAAAAAAGUAGCUGGUACGAGGGCUCGAACCAGUGACCCCCGGAGUCCUGGAGUAAGUCUGAAGUAAAAACGCAUUAGCCCUCUCGGCUAUUUCGCCAGGUAUCCACAGAUUAAGUAUGUUAUACUUUAUAUAAGCAAUAUUUGUAGUUUCGUAAAUUUAAACGACAACAACAGAACUCUCCAAAAUAUUCAAUCGUUUCGCGUUGCAACGCUUUAUAAUUUUUAGGUUUUCAAAUCGUCAAAAGAUACAUAUAAUGGCUAUAUUGGACUAUGGUAAAUGUUCAGUAAUACUGUUUCCUCACAAAUAUCAUAACUAAAAUGAAAAUUUGCGAAUCUGAAGCAACUUUUUUCAAUUUUGUCAAUUUACCAAACCGUGAAAAGAUCCCUUUAAGUAUAAUUGGUUAUGAAUAAUUGUUUUAUCUCUGUUAACAGUUCAUAUGAUACUUCCCUUUUAAAACAUCAUGUCAAGCUUAAAUGGGCAGAAGAGAAACAUUUCCCUGCAUCAAUUUAACGUUGAUUGCAACCAAACUUUUGGUGCAUAAAUGUUCACAUAAUAUUUCCAGAAUUUGUUUAUACAUUUUAUAUGUGUCAUUUUCUAUUUUGCUUAAUAUAAAUGGGUUUUUCAUUGACUGUAAUAUAUUUUAAACAGCGGUCAUUUUCUUUUAUAAAUGAUCGCUGAUGGCUUAUAGAUCCGAAUUGUCUAAUAAGUGAUAAACAAUCUACACCACCUGCAUUUAAUAUGUGUAUUAAUAUAUUAGUUACUAAAAUUUAGUGUAAAUUAUAAUGUUUGUUGAUCCUUGUUUUAUCUUGUUAUUUCAUAAUUAUCAUAUGGUAAUGCAUACAUUAUUAAUGAAAGCUUUAGAUAUUCUGCUCAUUUAUGAUUAUGUGUAACAAUAAAGUAUUAUAUUUAU